UUUGAUAACAAAUGAUAAGCAUAACAUAAUAGAAAUAAGAAAAUUAUAUAAAUUUGAAAAUUGAAAUAGUAUUAUUAUUUAUUUGAAAUUUGGAAAUGUUCAUAUAGAUUCGCAAUGUUUAAUUGAUUGAAUGAGUUUAAUUUGUAUGUUAAUUAAUUAUUUACGUUUUAGUUAGUAUACAUUUAUUAUUUUUAAAACAAAUUUAAUUUAAUUUGUAUCAAAUAACUACUUAUUUAGAAACUAUACACAAAAUGCAAAACAUUAUUUUAAUAAUUCCGUUGUUUAUGUUUUUUGUAAGUGUUAAAGUAAUAUUGUUUUUUAAAUUUUAAGUGAAAAAUUCAAUAAAAUUUGUAUAUAUUUCAGGGAAACGGUUGUUUUGGUGAUUAUACGUCUAAUGAAUGUUCAUUAUUGGGUUUCAAUAAAGCUAAUCUAUUGUGUUCAUCUUGUGAUCAACUUAAAAAGUUCCAGUUAGCGUUGUUGAGGUAUAAAUAUUAUUUUCAAGAAAUAUUAGGAAUGUUUUAUUUAACGGAUAAUAUAUAUUAUAGAUAAUCAUAAUUAAUUUAUUAAUAUUUGAAUAAAUCUCAACUGUCAUAUUUAAAAUACUCAUUAUAAUGAUAAAAAUUCAGUAAAUACAAACUGCCAAGUGGAUGUAUCAAUAUCUAUUUAAGAAAAAGUAUGGUUAUUUUAUUAAUAAUAUGUUUGACUUGAAUUAUUGUAAUACAUUGAUAUUGACUAAAUUGUAUUAAAGGCAAUAAUAAGUAUUAUGUACUGACUAUUGAUCAUUAAAAAAUCAUUUGUGUAUUAUUAAAUACUCAAAUUUAAUAAUAAUUUUAAUCAUUUAAUAUAAUAUUUUGAAAGAUUUGUUUUUUUAAUUUUCCGUGUUCCAAUCCUGUACCUAUAUAAGUACAUGCCAGACACUAUAAAUAAUGCCACAUAUUCAAUCAAGAUCGAAUCAAACCGAACAUCUCCCACAAUAUAUGUUCAUCAUUAGGCCAUUAGGCUAAAUGCUGAAACUUUCAGAUCAAAUUCCUAAAAGAAACUAACUUAUUCAAUGCAAUAUGAAAUCAAAUAGCUAUCAUAUAAAACGCCACAACGCCUUUGUAUAUAAUCUAUGUUACAAAAUUUACAAUACCUAUUUAUUUUUUAAAUAAAUGUUAUAUAAUUAACUACCAAAAUUGCUAAAAUUAUUAAAAACAAUUUAUACACAUAAUCAUAUCUAGUAGUAUUUUUUUCUUCUUGGUGCAUUUUAGAGGACAUUUUUUAAAAUUUUUAUGUAGAGAAAUGGUAGAAAACUCAAGUUUUUUUUAAACCAUUCUCACAAUUAAAUACAAAAAUAAAAACCAGUAAAUUUAAAUAAUGUUACAUUAAUAUAAUUUCAGUGAUCACUGCCAACAAUGUUGUCAAAUGGAUCAAGAAAAAUCAAUUAAAGUGUAUGCCAAGGCCAGAUUAGAAGUGUGUACUUGCAAAUUUGGUGCUUAUCCUCAGAUACAAGGUAUUUUAUGAUUAAAAACAUUAUUUUAACUUUUAAGUUUAUGUCAUUAUUUUAGUAAAAUGUCAAAACUUUUAUAUUGUUUUGUUAGGAAUUUAUUUAUUUAAAAAAAAAAAAAAUUUAUGUUUGAAUAUUUAUAAUUAUUACAAUUAUUAAUACAUGCAUUUGAUAACAUAGAUGAGGCGUGAAGAUUAUUGAAAAAGGAUGAUCCACAGUUGGGCCACUUGAUGAGAAUUUAUUAUGUAAAAAGUCAGAACCCGGGUCAAUUUAAAUUAUAAUAAUUUAUAAUACAAUAUAAUAUAAAACAAAAAGUGAUACUUAAUUUUAAGUUUAUCAAUCAUAUACUUAAUGUGAAUAAAUAGAUUGCCAUUUAUACUGUUUUUAAUGUGGUUUGAUCAUUACAAUCUUGCACUGUAAUAAAAUAAUGAAUAUAAAAAAUCCCUAUAUAAUUGCAAAAUAUUAUACAUUUUUUAAAUGUUAACAUUUUGUUUAUAACACAAGAGGGUCAGUUUAAUGUACUUAAUCCAUAAUGAUUCACAUUCAUUUCUCAAAUAAAGUUACACUCAUCAGGAAUUAUUGUUGUUUGCAUAUGAUGAAACCAUAUUAAAUUUUAUAAAACAACUAAAUUACUUCAGUAGGUACUUUUUUAUAUUAAUUGAUAUUGCCAUAUUGGUAUGUUUUAAUAAACAUUUUUACACUAUUCUAUAAUUUUAUAAAGUAUACAAAUAAAUUACCCCGUGAAAUUAUAAAUGUUUAUGAUAUUACUGAAUAAUUAACAAUUUCUUGAUAUUUCUAAAGUAUUGUGUAUAGGUAUAUAAGUAUAUAGGCACAUUAAAAAAAAAAAAAAACCAUAAAUAAACAACUACCACGUAUUAAGAAAUAAAGAUAUUAAUUUAUUAGAUAUACAUAUAAUUAUUAUUAAUUAAUAUAAAUUGAGUUAUCUGUUGUGAUAUUUAUUUUAAUCAAAUCUGAUUACAAUAUAGAUUCUCACACAUUUAUUUGUAAUAAUACUUAUAACUGUUAUACUAACCAAUUAUAUUAUCUAGUUUACAAGAUUGGUGAGAAAUUUUAAUUCAAUGUAUAAAUAUGGAAUAACUAUUUUUAUAAUAAUUAUAUAUAACAUUAUUAUUUUAGCAUUUAUAAAAAGUGAUCGUCCCAACAAAUACCCGAAUUUAACAGUCAGAUAUGUACGUGGAUUGGAUCCAUUAAUUAAACUCAUGGACAAAAAUGGAAAUGUGCAAGAGGUGAUGUAUUAUUUUUGAAAUAAAUAAUUAUACUAAAAUGUCUUGUUAUAGUAUGGUAUACAGUAAAACCUUUUUAAGAUACUCUUGAAGGGGAAAUCGUAAAACUACUCAUUAUGUAGGAUGGCAUAAUUGGCGGUAUCCCAUCUAAUAUACUCUUGAAGUAUUUUAAAUGGGCUACUAGACCUAACCAAAGUUAGUACCAAAGAAGAAGUAAGUUUUACGAAUCAUCAGUUGCAGUAAGUGCCUGUUUCAAUGAAGAUAUUGAUUAUACAGUACACAUGAGUGAAAGAAGCAGUAGAAAGCAUUAUCCUUUGAACCAUUUGAUUUACUGUUAACUACAGCCUGGUUGAUAAUUUCUUCAAUAUUGAGAGUCAUUCUUUAUCAAUUAGCUUUCAAUAUACUUGUAGCCUGGAUAAGCCUCUUCAAAUUUGUCGUAAGUUCAAAAUAUGUAGGACGUUUCCACAAUCAGCUUUGUUGAAAUAGUUUUUAAUCACUUCAGGGUUUAUCUCAUCCCACCCGUUUGAAACAUAGUGAAUGAGGUCUAAAAUAUUGAUAUUGGGGAUUUUUUCAUCGGUUACUGAUUCCAUUUCCCAUAAAUACUAUUGUACCAAUUUUUUACGGUACUUUUGUUUUAAAAUCUUAAUCGGGAUAAAAACAUGUUUGAUUUUUUUUUGAAUGAGCAGAGCAAUUGUCGACAAAUAAAAGCACUUCACUUCUGUUUAACAAACUCGUUGUUAAGGUGUUGGACCUAUUCAGUGAACGAACUUCCAGUCAUCUAUGCAUGGUUUUGAGCUUUAUAAUGACCUUUGAUCUUUAGAGGGAAAGGGAUUUCAAUUUAGAUAAGCACCAUUUUUAUCGACACAUGAAAUGCAACUUUUUCAAUGUUUAAUAAAAGUACAAAAGGCCAGAAAAGAGAGUGCAUUAUGCGGAAAUACAUAUUAAGCGUGUUUUUUUUUUCAAUGUAAAAAGAUCUACAGGUAUCUAGGACCAGAAAAAAUUCAUGUAUUAAGCGGCAGUAUCUUAAUGAGGUGUUAUUGUAGUAACAAUUGCAAAAUAAUUUUUGUACAGUUAUUAAAUUAAUAUAAUUUUCAUUAGUUCAAUGUUCAAAGUGUUAUAUUUUAAAAAAGAAAAUCAAUAAAUAAACAAUAUUUUUCCAACAAAAAAAAUAAUGUAAUAUUAUAUAACUACAGUAUUAAAAGUUUUUUUUUUUUAUAGGUUUUAGCGAUUGAACGAUGGGACACAGAUACUGUAGACGAAUUCUUAAGUACUCAUUUGGAACGUAUCGAAGAAGAAGAUUACAGGUCAAAUAUGGUGUAAAAAACUAAGUCGUGUACAAUUCAUUUUUUUUUUUUUCUUAAAUAUUUAUUAUUUGUCUUAUUUAUUUUUCGCAUAAUAAUAUGAUUUCAAUUUAUAAUAAAAAUAAUACUUGUUUCCAAGUAUAAUACAUUAGUGUAAAAGUAAACGACAAUGUACAAUGAUACCAUAAUUUAUAUACAAUAAGUAUUUACUAAAUAGACAUAAUGAGGUUGGACUUAAAAGAACUUAGUUCUCCAAUUUUCUUCAUUGCCUUCCCAUUUCAGUUUUAGAUUUUGAGCGGAGUGAGGAAUGUAUUGGUUUUACAAAGAUGUUUGUUUUUUUAUGUGAACAAUUUUUCUUAUUAGAAAGCUUACUUCGAUUAUCAAAUAUAGCAUUUCUUUUAAAAGGAAAUGUUAUCUGAGUGGUACUUUAGAGAGGUCAUUUUUUGAAAUUCUCAUUAAUAUUUGUGAUAGUGAAGAAAACCUGGUUCUUUAGGUUAAACAAGAUUGAAAGAUAAAAAAAAAAGAUUAUCGUUGGCAACCAUUUUUAUUUAUUUUUAGUUAUUAAGUUUUUAUUAUUUUAAUCUUUUUAAAACAAUAAUUAUUGUCAUGGAAACGCAUAUUGUUGUAAUCAUUUUACCAUAAUGUGACACAUAUAUUGUUGAAAAAGCAACACUAUCAACUGAACUCCGCUCAGAUUGGUUUUUUUCAUUAGAAAUGGUUUAUUGUUGCUUACAGAUGUACAUUAAAUUCCUGUCUAUAUCUUAACUUUCUAACUUCCUACCUAAAACAGUGGCUUCACCCACGUGCAAAGUAUGUCGUUUUUUUUUUUUUAAUGUAUUUCAGAGCAUUCAAAUUAAUUUUCAAAUUCAUUUACUGAGAUACAAACAUAUUUUUUAUAAUAAAAACAAUAUUUGGGCUAUAUAAGUGUUAUUAUAUUCUUGAACUAGCUGUUAUAAUGUAUCUUUUAUUUGUGUUAUAUUAUCUUCAACUUAAUUCAAGAUAAAAUCUAAAAACUUUCAGAUUUAUACAAGACAUGACAAAUUGACAUUAACUGUAAGUUCAAUAAAAUAUAAACAUUCAUUUUUAAAUUACAUUUAGGUACAAUAAUAUUUUGCUUACAAUUCUUGUCUACGCAGAUCAUAUUGUUAUAAUAGAAAAUAUGCAACAUGAAGUAGUGACAUGAAUAAAUGAUUUAAUUAAAGCAAUGGGUCUGAUAAUAAAACUGAAGAAAACAAACUAUUUAGUCAUGCCGUGUUAUGUAGUUAGACGAUUUGGACCUGGUUGUAGAAAAUUACACCUUUCAACAAGUUAAAGAUUUUAAAUAUCUUGGGAUAAACUUAAAUCAAUAUAACAAUUUGUACAAAUAAAUUAAACUAAAGAUAUCUGCCGUUAACAAAGACUAUUAUGCUUUAGACAAAUUUUUCAAGUUUAAACUUCUCUUCUGGGAAAUAAAAAGAACACUUGUACUUGAGUUUUCUUCAAUCAGUUUUAACACACACGUGUUAAACCUGAUUGAAUACUUAAGGAGACGAGGGAAAAAUAACUUGUUUUGAGAGACCAGUAGUUAGAAGAAUAUAUGAAACUAUUUUAGAGAUUGGAGUGUACAGAAGAACUAAUGGAAAAGGGGAACAAAUAUAUAUAUACCAGAAACUCAGUAUUAAUGCAUAUCUCAUGAGACUGAAUUUAAUUGCAUAAUAAAUUGCAC